AUGAGUGGCAAGUAUAACGGCGUUCAGGCUAAAAUCCGGGAGAAGUGUGACGUAGCAUUGUAUGUACCGUGCACAGCACAUUCACUCAAUUUAGUUGGGAGCUGCGCAGCUGAGUGCUGCCCCACGUCAGUUGGGUUUUUUAAUCUCCUUCAGAGCCUUUACUCUUGGUUUUCUGCAUCUACUCAUCGUUGGCAUAUACACAACAAGCACAUGAAUGGAUUGCCUGUUGCUAAAGCUUUGUUGGAAACCAGAUGGUCUGCUCGACAUGAUGCUGUUAAGGCUUUAAAUAGAGGAUAUAAGGAAAAUAUAUCGGCUUUGGAGGAGUUAGCAGCCGAUGAAAAUCAACCUCAUAAAUGUAGAACUGAAGCUGAAGGAUAUCUUAAAAGUUUACAAAAACUAGAAACAGUAAUAUUAUUGGAGGUAUGGGAUACAAUUUUAGAGAGAUUGCAAAAAACAAAUAUAUCUCUUCAAGUAAAAGGUUUAUCUCUUAAUACAGCAGUUAAUUUGUUAAAAUCUGUUCUUCUUUUUAUUGAAAGUCAACGUAAUGAAUCCGCUAGCUUCGAAUCAAAAGGAAAAAUUAAAUGUAUAGUCAAAGACUACACAUAUUCCAACAGACGACCACUAAAGAGGAAGCGACAAUUUGACGAAAGCAAAGUUUCAAAAAUGCAACUUUCUCCUAGAGAAAAAUUUAUGACUGAAGUAUUCAUCUGUGUGAUCGACCACCUAACAACAGCUCUACAUCAUCGAUUAGAUUCCUAUAAAACUGUUCAAGAAAUGUUCGAUUUCUUCAGUGACCUGACCAACCUUAGCACUGGUGACAUUACAGAAGCAGCUACAAAACUAAUUAACAAAUAUCCCGAUGAUUUUGAAGAAUGUUUUUCAUCGGAGUUGAUUCAAUUCGCCGAGCUGUUUAAAUCAAUUCAUGGGGGAAAAGAGCAAAACGUCUACAAUGAUAGCAUUAAAUUGGAAAUGUUUAUGUUUUUAAAUAGAUUCAAGUGCAUUCAGAGCUUUCCAAAUGUGCACAUUGCUCUUCGAAUUUAUCUGUGUAUGAUGACGUCUAAAUGCAGCGGAGAGCGCUCAUUUUCCCAAAUGAAAAAGAUUAAAAGCGAUCUUAGAAGCACUAUGGGACAGCAGAGACUUAGUAUGAUCUCACUUAUGAGCAUAAAAAAUGACAAUUUUCUUCCACCUGACAUUGUAGGAUUGUUUAAUGAUUGA